AUGUCUCAGCUAUCGCAACCUGUCGCCCUGGUCGUUGGCGCAUCUCGCGGCAUUGGCCGUCAAGUAGCUAUUGACCUGGCUAAAAAUGGGUUCAAAGUCGUUGUGGCAGCUAAAUCCGUUAGCGAUGCGACAAAGACGUCUCCUUUCCCCCCCGACCCAAAUUCUAAACAGUCAACUAUUACCACUGUAGCUCACGAAAUCCGUGAAGCUGGCGGAGAAGCAACGGCGAUCCAGGUUGAUACGAGAAGUCCCGAAAGCAUCAAGAACAUGAUUGAGUCCACGGUGAAAAUGUACGCAUCACUGGAUGUGUUGAUUUAUAACUCAGGUGCCAUUUGGUGGUCCUCGGUUGAAAAAACGCCCCUAAAGCGCUUCCAGCUCCUUUCCAGUGUGAACAUGGAAGGCCUAUACGCUACCGUCCAGGCUACGUUUCCGUAUUUCGAGCGUAACGGCUGGAAGGGCCGGAUCAUAGUAGUCAGCCCCCCCAUCUACUCUCGCUUCUUCAGAGGAAAGACAGCGUAUGCAAUGGGAAAGGUUGCAAUGUCUGUGCUUACAAAAGGAUUGGCCAUGGACUGGAGAAGAGAAGGUAAGACAGAAAUGGCCAUCACCAGCAUCUGGCCUGCUGUGGGUAUUCAAUCAGCAGCAACGCCUGACCCAGCGCUGCUGUCUGAAUUGAGAACGCCGACAAUCUUCUCGGAUGCCAUCCUAGAGAUGCUAAGGACGCCCCCAGAACAGAUCAGCGGAUGUCUUGAGCUUGACGAAGAUUUCCUCCGUAAGAAAGGAGUAACUGAUUUCUCCAAAUACAGCGUGGUGCCUGGGGCAAAUCCGCGACGGAUGCUCCCAGCUACACUUCCAGUAUUAACAGUGCCGGAAGAGGACGAGGAGGUGUUUCGCGUUGAUAGCACAAAGUCAAGAUCCAAUUUAUAG